AUUUAUAAAAUACUGCUAUAGCUUUGUGACUUAGUCUACAUACCAUUGCUUCCCUCUUACAUAAACGGUGUUCUGCUAACAUGAAGAACUAAUUUUCAUGCAGACCAAAUUUAUAUAUUUCAGUAUGAGCUGUGAUAAUAGUUAUACAAUCUUUUGGAUCAUGAAUUUCAGAAUUUGUCUUCACUAAGUUGCAGAUCGUUGGACUGGAUUUCAUCGUCCUCUUCCAUGACCUGCACCAAAGACUCAGCAGGUCCAUAUAUCCAAAGUUGCAGAUCUGAAGGAAUUUAAGCUAAGAAUGGUUGAUGACUAGCAUGGAGGAUACUCUGCAGGCACUUACCGACCUGAUUUCCCAAUUUCUCUGCUUGAAUCGGCCCCUCUGGUCUAGUUCUGAUGAUGCUGAUGCCUUCCUAGAAGCUGUGGAUGAACUAACUUCCACCAUCCAUGGCCUUGAAAGCACCUCAGCGGACGAUAUCCUACUUGAGAGGUUUGACCAUCUUCUAGAGCGCUGUUCCUUGAGGCUUCAAGAUGAGUUGCAUCACCUAAUUGAUACAACUGACUUCGAUGCUAGCUGCAGCUACCAUGACACCAAGAAAAGCCAUAAUGAUGAUGAUAGCCACACCCUUGUAGCACAGCCAGUUAGCAAUUUUGACAUCAUUGUUGAUACUUUACCAGAGGGUGUAAUCUUUGAGGCAAACCGAAUUACAAGAAGGAUGAUUGCUGCUGGUUUUGGUGAUUCAUGUGCUGAGACCUAUGCUUCUUCACGCCUCAACUUCAUUGAUGAGAGCAUUGCACGCCUUGGGGUUCAUGCUCACAUGGCAGAGAUGUUCAAGUCAGCGUCGUGGGAGGAGCUUGAGACUCAGAUCUUGCGUUGGAUCCCUGCAAUUCGUGCUGUGUUUCACAUCUUAAUCCCAAGUGAACGACACCUGUGUGAUUGCAUUUUUGAGGGUUCCACAUCCUGCAGUGACCUUGCUUUUGCCACUGCAUCUCAGCCGUUUCUCCAACUCUUAUCCUUCGGAAAUUUUAUUGCUGCUGCUGGAAAAAACCCAGAAUGUCUUUUCCGAAUAGUUGACAUGUAUGAUGCUCUACGUGAUAUACUUCCUGUCCUUGAUGAAGCUUUCAAUCCUGAGGUAUCUGCUCUUCGUGAAUGCCUUGGAUCGUCAAUUAAAGGCAUCUUGAUGGCUCUAGAAAACCUAGUACGACGUGAUCCAAGUGAGUCAUGUCCACAAGAUGGCGGAGUGCAUCCGAUAACAAGGUAUGUGAUGAACUACCUUGUGGCAGCAUGUGUUUCUCGCCAUACUUUGGAAGAGGUGAUGCUACUGGAGUUCGGUGGUUCUGAUCCUUCUACAAGCUAUCCGAUAGAACCUGACCGUCCAACGUCCUCACUGGCGGUCCACCUUGCUUGGAUUGUGGAUGUGCUCAUCGAGAAUCUUGUGUCCAAAUCCAAGGUUUAUCGCCAUGCUCCUCUCAGUUGUGUCUUCCUGGUUAACAAUGGGAUUUACAUAAUCAAGAAGGUCAAUGGCUGUGAACUUAAGGUCUUGCUGGGUGAGGAUUGGACCAAGCUAAUAUAUUCGAAGGUUAACCAAUGGAUUUUGGAAUAUCGACGAGCUACCUGGGGUAAGGCUGUCACCAUACUUGAGAUGGACAAAAGGCUUUGCAACAAUGUGAAUGCCAUGACAGAGAAGCUGAACCGUUUUAACAACUUUGUAGAGGCAAUUUGCCAAGUUCAGUCGCGGUGGGUCUUGGUCGAUAAGCAGCAAGCAGUGGAUUUUAGCAUUUUGGUGGAGGAGCUGGUCAUUCCAGCCUACACGGAUAUAAUUGAGAUGUUGAAGGCAACGAGGUCCUCAGGAGAGUCAUAUAUGCAACCUGAGUAUGUGAGAUCACAGAUUCAGCAAUUGUUCAAAUCAAUGGCCAGGUGAAAAGUGGUUCUUCUGGGUGCGUUGUACUAAUCUAGAUUAAAAUGUUUCUAUGGGAGACUGACCUAACUCCUAAGGUUGUGUGGCCUUCUUUUUUGUCACCCUGGUCAAAUGUUUUACAAUGGUUGAUGCUUUACUAGUAACUGGGAUCAUGUGAACUAUGAAGUCCUAUAGCAAUUGAUUAAUAAUUAAUAUUCA